AUGGGCUGUUCUGUGCCCAUCCAGGAGUCGGUGAUGGACCGGCUGCAGCGUUCAGACAAGCAGCUCAGCCUCCCCGGCAGCCUCUGGCAGAGCACGCUGCAGGCUUGUGGUGAUGGAAAAGAGGAGUUGUCCGAAAACGGAGCAGUAGCUCUGGGUGCUGCGUGGAAAUCCCAAUCUCGGCUGUUUUUCCCCCGGCAGGGCUCCCCGGUGCGGCCGGGACACAGCUUCCUGCGGGACGGAGCCUCCCUGGGCAUGUUCAGGGAGCUGAUGGUGGUGAUCCGCAUCUGGGGGCUGCUGAAGCCCAGCUGCCUCCCCGUCUACACAGCGACCUCCGACACCCAGGACAGCAUGUCCCUCCUCUUCAGGCUCCUGACGAAGCUCUGGCUGUGCUGUCGUGAGGAAAAUCACAUCACAGAGCCAGAUGAUACCCUGAUAGAUGAGUGCUGCCUCCUCCCCAGCCAGCUGCUCAUUCCCAACAUCGACUGGUUGCCCAUCAACGACGGCAUCAUCAGCAAACUGCAGAACAAGCAGCUGGUCCGGCUGCAGUUUGGGAAAGCUCCUGGGCUCGUUGGUCACACCGUCUCUUCCCAGUUCGAUGCCUUUGUCAGGGCGCCUGGACAACCCAAAAUCGAUCAUCUGAGACGGCUUCAUCUGGGCGCGUACCCGACGGAGGAGUGCAAGUCCUGCACCAGGUGCGGGUGCGUCACGAUGCUGAAGUCUCCCAACAAGGUGACGGCGGUGAAGCAGUGGGAGCAGCGCUGGAUCAAGAACUGUCUCUGCGGGGGGCUGUGGAGGAGGAUGCCCCUCAGCUACUCCUGAGGGGGGACGGAAGAGCUGCUCGGAGCUCCCUUCCCCGCAGGCGUCAGGGACAAAGGGAUGGCAGCUCCUCUCAGCCCUCCAGACCGUGACUGUGAGACGGGCUGCGGUGCUGCUGCUCUUCUUGUGUUGAUCCUCCUCACAGGGCAGAGCGGGGAGGGGGUGGCAGAGGGUUCCCCAUCAGGGCCACCUGGGGAGGCCAGAGCCCCCGUGUCUGGGCCCGGCCUGAGCCCCUUCCCAGGCAGAGGGGGGUGAUGGGGGUGGCUGGGGGUGAACAGACAUCUCUGGUGAAGGGGGAAUGAAUUCCUGGUGCCUCAUGUUUGCCCUUUGCUGCGCUGCUGGGGAAGCUCCACGUGGGAUGGGAACCCCCCAUUCCCCUGUGCCUCUCCCUCCCUUGGGAGAACCUGCCCCUCUGAUGGAGACACCAUCAUUGGAGCCGUUGCUGAGGGACUGUUGCUCCCUGAGCAAACCCUCUGCUCGGCUCUCACUGAACCCACAGCUCUUUUGUAAAUAAAAUUUCCCUUAAUUUUGUACAGAGGGGUUGGUUGGUUUCCCAAA